CGCGGUUCCUCUGAACAACCCGCCAUGUGAUCACUUCCGAUGCGACUUUACAUCCAUCUCCUUUAAAUACCCAGUUCGUCAGUCUCACAUAGGCCUCGAGCCUUUCUAUUUUGUCUACCGUACUCUGAUCACCGGCGUUUCACGAACACUCCAGCUUUCCGCGUCUCCUAGUACUCUCCUUUCGAUUCCGGAGUCUGCCACGCAAUGUCUCUCAAGGACGACGCCUUUCCUUCCUCCGUGGCCUUUGAUGCCAUCAAUGAAUCCCUCGCCUCCAAUGACGCCGAACGGAAAACUGCCGUCAAGCAAGGGGGCGCCGUCUUCACCUUCAAGCUGAAGAAUAGCAGUGGGAAGGAAGAGGCAUGGUAUAUUGAUCUCAAAGAGACUGGAACGGUCGGCAAGGGCGAAGCCCCUGAAGGCAAGAAGGCUGAUGUGACACUCCUGCUCUCCGACGAGAACUUUGGCAAAUUGAUCACCGGCAAGUCGAAGGCUCAGACGCUAUUUAUGAGUGGCAAGCUGAAGGUCAAGGGAAACGUCAUGAAAGCAACGAAAAUGGAGCCUAUCCUCGCGAAAGCUGGCGGUGCUGCCAAAGCCAAACUAUAGAUGUGACAAUAUUCAAAGCAGAUGCCCAAAAUACUACCGGAAUUUUGAAAAGCACACCCCAUCCUCAGAAUAACGGACCACGGGGGACGACAGGCUCGGAUGUGGAUCAUUCAAAGUACACAUGGCUGGAUUGUGCACACAGAUCUCUUUCCGCGCUGUUGCUCUUCAGCACAAUGCAUGGGUCGGCCUUGGUGGCUUUGACCUGCUUGCCAUCCACCUUUUUGCUCCCCCUGAGCACCUCGACCACGCUUCCUUCUGUCCAGGCUGACGUCGUCUUCCAAUAGGCUCUCUGCCCUUCUUUUGGCGGCCUCGACUUCGAAGCGGGCUGAGCUGGCGCGUCCACCCUACCAAGCACUGAGACGGAUGUGCCGUUCCGUUGAAUUUUGGGCGUUCCGGUCUGAUCCUUCUGUUUCUUCUUUGGAUGAUCGGCUGCUUCUCCGUCUAUCGCGUCUUGACCACGAACGCGGUUCUGACCGGGCUUUUGGGAUGCCUGCCCUCGCUUGGUGUGAUUACUGGGGUGUUCCUGCUGCUGAGGGUCUGGGUCAGACUGCAUGGUUUCAUUGUUCCCCUGUUUGUUCGAGAGACUUUGCGUUUCCUGCUUGCCGUCUUCUUUUGUCGCUUUCGGUUCCUCCUUCUUCUCAUGGACGACUUCCCCUUCGUCGUUGGCUUUCUCCCUAUCAGACUUUGCUCGCG